AUGGAGUCCUGGAAAUCGAAAAUAGAUGCCGGUGGCGCCGUGUUCCGCAAGCUCACCGGGCAGUUCAAGGCGGCGAUCGACGAGGUCGGCGUCCAGCUUAAACGCCACGCAAGCCAGGCGACAAAGGAGAUCGGAAUCGACCUAGAAAACCUGCAGCCGCCGUUCUGCAAGGGGCUGAACCAGGUGCAGUGCUCGCUAUUUUCGGCGCCCGGCAGCUGCGCCAACAAACGGACAACCGUUACAGUAUCGGGAGAAUUCGACUUCGGGUUCAACGUGAAGUUCCACCCGCACGAAAUCGGAGUGGUUAUCGCCACAGUUUCUGGCGUCAACGAGCUCGACUGCACCUUCAAGUGGAAGAGAAGGCAUGCCAGCUACGAAGUAGACAUCGAACACACCGAUGGCCCUCGCUACUCGCUCACCGCCGACGACAUCGGCACCAGCCUCAUAAUCCACUGCACGCACAGUGGCGGUCUGGGCACCGCUAUCGGAGAGAUCGGCCCUUUCGAUGUCGACGUGGCAUCGAGGAGGGCCAUACAGGACGCCCUCAUCAACUCCACUGCACGGCACGACCUGUUCCUGGAGCGCGACGCCACAAGCGUAAAGUGCCUCUGUGACGUGCUGAAGAUCCCCGCGCACGCCAUGAAAACAGACGGCAGCAGCGUGAAGUACGCCAUGUACAUAAUGGCCGAGGAGGUCCAACUGCAACCGGACGAUGACAUCAAGGGGGACGGCAUACUCAAGUGCAAAUACUCGAGCUCGUUCCCGCGACUAAGGCUGUGCACGGAAGACCCCCUCAAGUUGUUCUUGCGCAUCAGCGAGAAGCACGAGCUCACGCUCCGUGCGUUCAGCAAGCAGCAGCGCGAUAUGGUAGCGCUCAUGCUUCGAGCCUUCCACAGCAGGCAGCUCAUACUGAACACCCUCGAGGCGAACUCACUGGAAGUGAUGCGCGACGGCAAGCUGCAGGACCCAACGGAGGGGGGAAAGCGCCUCGACGUCGUACUCGCCCUGCAGAAGGCCAACGACGACCUCUCGAUAAUGCUCGAGGAAACGGCGCGGACCCGCCGCGAACUCAGCAGGUGCAAGCACGAGAAGAGUUUCCUGGAAUCGGAAAUCGAGAACACAAUCAAGGUGUUCCAGCAGCAGCUAUCGUCGGACGAUGCCGAGGCUUCCCAAACUGGGCAGCAGAAGGAAAGCUACAACGAAACGCUCUACACCGAGCUCAUAAACCGCAACGCGCAGCUCGCCGACCAGCUGUCGGAGAUCACCAAGGAGCGGAACGCCAUGGAGGAGGAAGUCGACACGCUCCGCGGCGAGCGCAACCGCCUCGAGAGGCACUCCCAGAGCGUCGUGAAGGACCUGGAAAAGCUCAGGUUCGACAACCAGUGCCUCCUCAAGCAAAUAGAGGAAUUGAAGGCCAAGAUCAGGAAGCUGGCCGCCAGCUAA